AUGGAAGCAACAACUCUCAAUGGCCCAAGCAUAUCUGUUGCCGGACCGUCAAAUUCCUCCGUACCUAUAACAACAAGCACCUCUGCUGAGUAUCAGCACCUUCUCGCAGAGAUUUCCGCGCGUGCUACCCUAGAUGGCCCGUUGAACAUACUCUUCCAGCUUGAAAAGACCGGACUCACAGUACCGGUGACAGCCUCACAACUCUAUGGGGGCUGUAUGGGCCGCAUAAAGACGAAGGUCGAAGCAGGGUCAUUUAUUGUCGAGGCAGCGGACUUCGCAGCUGUCGCAUGCUGGGAGCCGCCAGAGAGCAUUGGGCCCGACCGCAGUGCAGAGUCGAUCGAGGAGCUUUCCCGAGAGAGACCUAUUUUCGCAAAAUUUGUCAAAGAAUACGAGGAGGCAAGGCGGCAGGUUUUCGGGGAUCUUAGAAAGUUUUGGGUGUUGAGUUUGAUGGCCAGGGAUCCGCAACGGACUGAUAAGGGUGCAGUCAGAGCCGUUAUCGAACCAUUUGUAGCCCAGGCUCGAAGAGAUGGAGUCCCAUUGUGGCUCGUAGCGGGUAAUGAGAGGGCAAGAGAUGUUUAUGGAUACUUCGGGUUUCGGGUUGUCAAAGUGCUGAUGAGCUUUCCUACAGAGAGUAUGAAGGCAGAAGGUGGGUUGAGUCAAGAACUACAAAAGGGAGUGCCAACAUGGUGUAUGGCGGCGAAUUGGCCUCCGGAAAAGGCGAAUUGA